ACAUUUUCAACAUUUUGCAAUAGUGCAAAACUUCGGUUUCGUAUGAAAGAGUGAACCUGCAUAUAAUAUUCUAAUCACGGUAACAUGAUGUAUCGAAUGCAGCUCAGCAUUGCGAAUGGAUUUGCACGCGUCAAGAAAGGAAUACUCAGUAAAGAAGUAACUGUACAUAGCUAGGGUACAGCCAGAGGGAAUAUAUAGUACACUGUACUAUAUACUAUACUCGUACGAUCAGAUUUGUGCCACCAAACAUUGAAUAGUCAAUAAAAUACGACGCCUGCCACUUAAUUAUUCCAUUGAAGUCAAUUGUUGAACGGUAGGGGAGCACCGAACAGUUGAGUUUGAAUAACAGCUGAUAGAAGUCGCUUGCGCACGAUAUCAACAUAUCACUCUACACAGAGAAGUGUGGUUCGCUGAUAGUGUAUAAGUGAGCUGUUUCAAGUCGAAGCAAGGACAGUCGCUGUUUAUCCGUAAGUGCCUGUGGUUCAAUCUUGUCAAAGUCCUUAUUAUUUGCAUGGCCAAAUAAAUGUACUAGCUACAUGAAAUAGUUUAUCAAUUUAGAACCUUGUUACAGUGCGAAUAAGUUUCAGUUUCAGUGUGCUUUUGUGUCGUUUCUACUGUGUAAGGGUCUCAUAUCAUAACAUCGGAGGGUAAACAUGUUUAGCACGUUCCAACGUUUAUUCGAGCAGUCUCUGAGAAAGCGCCCUCUGUUGACCAACUAUGUAGUUUACGUUUCUUUCUACACGGCUGCGGAAUUUACCCAGCAAACUGUCAACAAAUAUUACUUGCCAAGUAAACCAGACUAUAAUUUUGCCUCUGGAGCCCGUGUGGUGCUGACGGGCAGCACGCUGUACGCACCCACUUUAUAUGUUUGGUACAAGUUCCUGGAUAGGAAGUUUGUCGGUACUGGUAUGAAGACGGUGCUUACCAAAGUGCUCUCUGACCAGUUAUUCAUGACGCCCACCUUACUCGCCUGCUUUUUUAUUAUACUAAGCAUAUUGGAGGGCAAGAAGGAUAUAUUCGAAGAACUUAGACACAAGUACGUAAAGACGUUUUUGGCAAAUCAAAGCUUUUGGAUACCAGUACAGACGAUUAACUUCGCGUACAUACCAUCACAUCUUCGGGUGACGUACGUGGCAUCCGCUUCAUUUAUCUGGAUCAAUGUGCUGUGCUACAUCAAGCGACAGCAGAUUAGUGGAACACAGAAGAAUGAGCCAUCAAAGUAGGAUACGGCAAGAUAAACUAGACUUAGAAGUGCAUGCAGCAAAGUUAGUUUUUGCACGACUGCAAUGAAGACAGGUGCCAUUUUUCGACACUUCGGCCAAUUGAGGAAUCUGUACCCUUAGUAUGAGUUUGCUUUACGUUUAAAGUAAUCGUAACGAGAGUGCGUUCGGCACUCUGAUUGGCCGGCUCGAAUAAUCCAACCAAUCAGAGCGCCAGACGCACUUUCGUUUCUAUUACUUUGCUAUCGGGCAAUGUUAUCCCGCCACCUCAUUGGAGUUCCUAAUUUUGAGUUUCGUUAAGCAUCAAGAACAGACUAAGAAUUAACGCCGUACGCAGAGUCAUUUAAUGGUUACUUAAACCAGUUCUUAGCAAUUGUUUUCGAUACAAAAUCGUUACUAAGGAACAGUUUAAGUACCUAAUCAUUAAAUGACUCUAAGUACGGCAGUUAGAGGCAUCUCUGGUUUUGGCAUCAAGAAUGAAAGCUUGUAAACUGUCCCUAUAGAUGUAUUGCUGUCCUUUUUCAAAGAUAGUUUGUAAAAAUGAGCUGCAGUUAGCAAAUUACGUAAUGUGCCAAUCUAUACAUAUAUCUUCUUCUAUACUUAUAAUAAAUCUGUAGAGAGGUCAAUUCUGUACAUGAAAUAUAUUUCCAAAAUAACUAUCAGCGGGUGAUUAGUGAUCGAUACUGACGCCAAAAAUGCAAUCAGAAAAUUUUUUGUCUGUCUGCCUGUCUGUCUGUCUGUAUGUUCUUUAUAGAAACAAAAACCACUCGACAGAUUUCAACGAAACUUGGUACAAUUGUUCUUCAUACUCCUGGGCAGGUUAUUGUAUACUUUUCAUCACGCUACGAUCAAUAGGAGCAGAGCAGCGAAGGGAAAUGUUGGGAAAACAGGAGAACUUACUCCAUUUUUUAAGCUUCCGUCGCGUGUGCAGCCUUAAUGGUUAAAGCUACACAGAAAUAAUGUAUGACGGAAAUGUUCUCCUUAAAAUUGUUAAAAAAAUAUUCCACGACAGCAAAUUUAAUGUGUAUCUCUUAUGGUUGACUCACAAUAACACGUAUAACUCCCGAUAGCUUAGCAGUUCGGAGCUUUCUGAUUAUAUUUGUCUACUCUUACUUAUAACAAUCUAAUUCAUCCCUAAUUAAAAAAUAUUAAUAUUAUUACAUAUUUAAUAAAAAAAACAUAAAAAUCGGUACAGAAACACCAAAUAUAUACAUGAAUUACGCUAAUAAGCCAUCGUGCGUGAAUACUGAAUCAUGCAAUAAGGAUUAUUUUUGUGUAACAGUCACCGCGCUCGGCGCGGCUAGCCCCGGGAGGUAUAAAAAGGCGGCGGAUCCAAAUACGAACUUCAUACAAUAUUUGGCUGUUGAUGCGAGUAGACGUCCCGAGCAUUCGACCUUAUUGACAAACAAUAUAGUGUAUCAGCGUGACAUAGUCUUUAAAUAAAUUUAGUUUAUUUGGUUUUCUUUUGUUGUUAUUUUAUAAAGUAGGUAUUAGUUAUUUUAGUAAGUAGUGUAUUAUAUUCGUUGCAAAUUAAUAAUAGUUUAAAUUUUAUUUCUUUUUAGGUGAUAGUAAUUAUUAGUAAUAGGUUAGUAGUAGUUAGUUAGUUAGUUAGUAGUUUAUAUUAAGUAGGUAAAAGCGUAGGUACUUUUAUAUUUCGUUUAUUUAGUUUUCUUUUGUUGUUAUUUUAUAAAAUAGGUAUUAGUUAUUUUGGUAGUGUAUUAUAUUCGUUAAAAUUGCAAAUUAUUAAUAGUUUAAAUUUUAUUUCUUUUUAGGUGAAGUAGUAAUAGGUUAGUAGUAGUUAGUUAGUUAGUUAGUAGUUUAUAUUAAGUAGGUAAAAGCGUAGGUACUUUUAUUAAUUAUAGGUAUAGGUAUUAUUAAUUAUAGUAGUUAGUUUUUCAAGAUGCUUUUUGUUACGUAAGAAAAUAUGGACGUCCCGACUUAUUUAUUACUGUGACUACCAAUCCCAAGUGGGCUGAAAUCACUCGGGAGCUUCUCGAAGGUCAAGCACCGCAUGACCGCCAUGAUAUUAUCGCAAGAGUUUUUCAUUUAAAAUUAAAAUCAAUGAUACAUCUACUCACCAAAGAUAACAUUUUUGGAGAAGUAUUGUGUUAUAUGUAUAGUGUUGAGUGGCAAAAACGCGGCUUACCUCACGCACAUAUCCUGCUUUGGUUAAAAGAUAAGGUUCGACCUAAUGAUGUAGAUAGUUCAAUCAGUGCUGAAAUUCCAGAUCCAAUUGCAGAUCCUCUGUUAUACGACAUUGUUAAAACUCAUAUGAUACAUGGUCCAUGUGGUGCAUUUAACAGGAAUGCUCCUUGCAUGCAAGAUGGUCGUUGCACUAAAAGAUAUCCAAAAGCCUUAGUGGAUGAAACUGUAACAGGAGAUGAUGGAUACCCAUUAUAUCGUCGCCGUUCAAGGGAUAAUGGUGGUUUUAUUGUUGAAAAGCGAGUAUCUGGACAACAGGUUACUCUAGAUAAUAGGUGGGUCGUUCCGUAUUCGCCCGUGUUGUCUAGAACAUUUCAAGCUCACAUAAACGUUGAAAUAUGUAAUAGUGUACAAUCUAUAAAAUAUAUCUGUAAGUAUAUCAACAAGGGUAGCGACCAAGCUACAGUUGCGUUGCGAAAUGAACACGAUGAAGUCACUAGAUUUCAGUCAGGCAGAUAUAUUAGCUCUUCAGAAGCGGUGUGGCGGAUCUUAAGUUUUAACAUUCACGAAAGAUAUCCACCUGUGACUCAUCUGGAUGUUCAUCUUGAAGGCGGUCAACGUAUAUAUUUUAACGCAGAAAAUGUUACAGAACGAUUAGAGAACCCUAGACAAACAACUUUAUUAGCAUUCUUUCGACUUUGCCAAAUUGAUGAUUUUGCUAAAUCUCUUUUGUAUGAGGAAGUUCCAUCGUAUUAUACCUACGAUAAGCAACGAGGUGUCUUUAAUCGUAGACGCCGUGGCAGGCCUGUUGAAGGCGAGUCAGAUAUUUUCAAAGAACAUGUUCUUGGUAGAGUGUAUACCGUUCAUCCCAAUAACGCUGAAUGUUUCUUUUUGCGAUUAUUGUUACAUACAGUGCGAGGACCAACUUCAUUUAUUGAUUUGAAAAAAGUAGAUGACAUUGUUUAUCCAACUUAUCAUGCAGCUUGCCAAGCGCGUCAUUUGCUUGAAAAUGAUCAGCAUUGGGAUGACGCUUUAGCAGAAUCCUGUGUAAGUGAUAAUCCACGACGGUUACGUCAUUUAUUUGUAACAUUACUCACAUUUUGUAAUUUGUCAGAUGCUGUACAAUUAUGGGAAAAAUAUAAAGAAAAAUUUGCAGAAGACUUUCUUCGGAAUAUGUCUCAUAAUGACGAAGGUGCAAAUAAUGAUAAUUUCCGUGAUCUUGCCAUAAAUCAGUGCUUAUUAGCUCUUCAGGAAGACUUAACAGCAGUAGGCGGUAAAUCACUCUGUGAAUAUGGUUUGCCAACACCAACCUCAGUCGGACAGGUUAUCAAUAGUGAAUAUUCCGCAGAGAUUGGUUACAACUCAAUGGAACUGUUGGCAACAUUAGAAAACGGUGUCCCAAUGAUGACUGCAGAACAACGUACAGUCUAUGAUCGCGUAUGUGAGAGUGUUCAGAAUGAUUCGGGAACAAUGUGGUUUUUAGAUGCACCUGGAGGAACUGGAAAAACCUUUUUGACUAAAUUAAUAUUAGCUUAUGUUCGAAAUCAGUGUAAAAUUGCUCUUGCCGUGGCUUCAUCGGGUAUAGCUGCAACAUUGUUACCAGGAGGUAAAACUGCUCACACUAUGUUUAAAAUACCAAUUGAUUUAGAUCGCACGGAAACUCCAACCUGUAGUAUAUCAAGAAAUAGCGACAAAGCUAGGGUAUUACGUGACUGUAAUUUAAUCAUAUGGGAUGAAUGUACGAUGGCCCAUCGAAAAGGAGUAGAAGCGGUAGACAGAACUUUAAGGGAUAUCAGACAAAAUGAUCGACCAAUGGGCGGUAUCACGGUUUUAUUUUGUGGUGAUUUCCGACAAACCUUACCGGUAAUACCACGGGGAACCCGAGCUGAUGAGGUUAGAGCUUGCCUGAAAAGCUCUUAUUUGUGGCUUGAUAUACAAUCGGUGCAUUUGACUAUAAACAUGCGAGUGAGAACUGGAGAUAACCCGGAUGAUCGUCAACCUGGAAAAAUACGUAGAAAAAAAUAUUUUUAUUUUCCAGUUUUAUUCUACAGAACGCGAGCUCAACAGCAGUAGCUCAAUAGAGGGAAAUUAAUUAUUAUGGCCGUAUUUGGGUCCAAUAGAUAUUUAUAAGAUGUCAUUUUCAGAGUUACUCAAAAUGGAGAAAUAAAACAUCCACGCGAAAACCGACAUCCGCGCGGACGGAGUCGCGGGUGGAAGCUAGUUGUAAAUAAUUUGAGUACAGUACCUAAUCGUUUGUGUAAUAAUGUUUACAUAAUCACACUAGUAUUUAACCAAUUUUUACCCAAUUUUUAUAGCAAAAGUGUUAUUUUACAAAGAAAUAAAAUCAUUUUUCUAUGAAAA